CCAUUCAUCGUUAAGUUCUAUGGUGCUGCACUGAUUAGGGAAGAAGAUCGGUUGAAAGUAACACUCCUAAUGGAACUCUGCAAGGAAAACUUGAUGGGACGUAUUUUCCAGAAUCAGGACAAUAUACCUAGUCUGUCCUUAACACCUGGAGCCGAGAGAAGUGUAAUUCGAUGGGCGAGAGACAUCGCCAAUGCUCUCGAAUUCAUACACAGUCAGGGCAUUGUUCACAGAGAUUUCAAGUUGGAAAACAUCAUGCUGUCAUAUGAAGAUGAUGUCAGGGUCGCUAACAUCAGCGUCUCUAAAGAAGCCAAGAUGAUCACAGUAACAACGCCGGAAACUUUUCACAUUGCGCCUGAGGUGAUCAGAGCAGGCUUAUACGAUUGCAAGGCCGAUAUCUACAGCUUUGGCAUAAUGCUCUGGGAGAUGUGGUAUGGCAAGAGAGCCCUUACAAAUGUAGAGGGAGACGUGAGAGCGGUAAAUGGUCGGAAUGCUGAACAGAACAGACCAACGCAAGUUCAAGACAGGAAGAAACCCCUGUCUGGAUGGCAAGAUUUAAUGCAGGCUUGCUGGGAUGAAGAAGCAGACAAACGACCAGAUGCCAUAGGCUGUCAUCGGAGGUUGACCAUGCUCUACAAGGACACACUUCCUCCCAUUUAAACUGUAAUAAAUGGAAGGGAUCUCUGUGUUAGUGUUAAGUUUAAGAGGCGCUGCCUGUAAGGAUCGAGCAAAGUUGGUAAUUGGGCCAAAAAUCACAACUUUCGAACCUUUGUCAGAAUAAAGCCUUUGACAUGCCUUAUUGAUUGGCACAAUACGUUUUCUUUAAUACUCAAAAUUGUUAUUUUGGGACGUAUUCUCUUUGAGCGGACAUUAAUGGCUGUGAAAACCAAAAAAAGCAACAUUUGAAAAAUCGGUUUAAAAUUUCCAAAACUCUAUGUAGCCGGUGAAACCUAAUCCAGAUCUUGACACGAAUCUAAAGAUAUCAAAAAGAUAUAUUCCAUUGGUACCAGUAAUGUUUUUUCCUAGGAAAUGUAUGUUAAAAGAUGGCUCCUUUUUCCUUACACUUGUUCAAUCAGGGACUGCGCCAUAGUUCCCGGAAAAUUUAUCUAGAACUAGAUGAACUUCGGAAAAUUUGUUUAUACUGCUUGAAAGUACUCAUAUUGGUGCAGUUUUAGUUAGAAAAAAUUCCGCGCGUAGUCAUUUUGUGUUGUCAGUAGAACGACUCAAUAAUGCCGAAAAUUCGAGAUUUCACCAGACGCCAUUUUGGGUGUGACGGAGAGGAGGACUGGUUACGAGUUUUAUAAUAUACAGUAACAUUAAAGACGCUAUAAAAUAACAAAAUCGGCAAAGUUUAAUAUUUUCAGGGGUCAUAUCUGACUUAUGACUGGUUUUGGUCAUUUUAAAAGCAAUGAGCCAUGUAAGGAUGAUGUUGCAGCAAUAAAAGAGUCUUUUUUAAACUUUUCAGCAACUUUCUCUCAGUAGAACUCUCCCUUUGCUUACAAAUGCCUUUUCAUUUAAAAUUUGUAGGUAAAUACCCCACAACUGUUUCUCAAAUUACAUGUCCUCAGGUGAUAUACAAUUUUUGUUCUGGAGGAGGGUUAGAAAUAACUGGUGACUUGAUCUUGAUCCAUGAGAAAAGCAUAACAAAUUUGGUUCCAAAGUAGGAGCUUUGGGUCAUGUAUUAUAGCCUAGAACCAACCCCCUCCCACCCACCGUGAGGCGAGGGAGUCACAUUUGAUAGAUAAGGCCAUGACUCUCGAAGUAAUGGCCUAAAACCGCCGUGAUGAGUUAUUGUAGCCUAUAUCCUUAUUAGUUUUCCUUUUCUUUUUCAUGUUGUAUGUCAUUUCCGCCUCCCCCUUUUUAACAUUUUUUUGCGACAUCCUCUAUCUAUAUGAUAUUGUAAUUGCCAUCAUAAAUUCAGUAACAUCUGUGAACAUAAAGAAGGCUUUUAUGGCCAGCCGAAAUAUUGUUGUAUAAAAAACAGUACACGUUGUCAAUCAGUUUUACAGUAGUCUUUGGACAUAUGGUUUUUUGCUUUUUUAGUAAUA